ACGGUGCCAGCAAGAGAGCAACAUUACUCAUGGUUGCUGAUAUCAUACGUGGUGCUCACUGAUGUAUUAUCGUUGACAGCGCAAAUCGCCGGAGGCGCUAUAAAAGCCACUCAAGGACAAAACCCCUCUUUACCCGUCGUGCCUUACCUCUCAUCUCGUGGGGUUUUCAUUUGCUCCAUUCUGCACAUCUUGGCUCCUCUAGAGCUCUUAUUUUAAGGAAUCACACGCCAGGUGAGCUUGGCAUCGACCUGAGCGAAGACUGACUUUCGAUAUGCUUGGCCUCGACAUUAGGUGCUACUGGUACCGAGCGAAAUCAUGUCUCCGACACACUCCAAGAUAGCAAAUUCUACCCACCAUCCUCACUCUAUCUUAUCCCUGGCGCCAGAGACGAUGCUUGGGAUAUUUGGCUUCUUGUACCAUGAUGCAAAAACCUCAGCCUGUGAUGACCCUUCUGCUGGGUUCCCAUUCUCCCCUGCCCACGUCUGUCGCUACUGGCUUGACAUUUUGUCUCUCAAACCGAGCUACUGGUCCACCAUCAUCGUCCCUCUCCACCUUCCAUUGGUUCCUUCCAUUCUGUCCAUCUAUUCUGAUGUCCUUGGUCAACAAAGCACCAUAAGCGAGUGUCGCAUUUACUGCAAUAGCUCUCCUUGUCUCCCUUCCAGCACAGAAAACUCUCGCAUCAAUGCUGCAAUGCGCGCCUUAGCACCACACCUCCACAAAUGCGAGACCAUUUCCAUUUGCCCUCGAUACUGUUCGUCGACCGUCCUUGCUUCGCGCUAUCUCAACGGUCUUGAUACCGAGCGCCUCGUCUACUUUUCUCUGUUCUGUUCCGAGACGGAUACCACUGAAGAUGCUCAUUUUACAUCAUUCACUUGCACCAGACUCCUUUGGCUCUAUAUGGAUGCCAAGACUCUAAUAAGCUUUGCUUGGAGCGAGGGCUCAAAGUGCGGUGAGGACUUUGAUGGGAGACUGCGCGUUUAUGUAAAACUGUACUGCCCGAGCAAUGGUCCUUCGUAUCUGGCGCCUUCGGCACUCAUCACGGCUCUUGUCACGCUAACCAAAAGGAGUGAAUGUAUCGAUUGCCUUAACAUUGAUGGUGUCUCGUUCGACAAGGAGUCUGUGCAUCCUCCUGCACUCCAAGACGAUAUCAAUGUCAUCACUGUCGAGUUGACCGACUUGCAUGGGGCCAUCCUCCGCGAAUUCUUCUUACGCUUUGAAGGCGGAGAUGGUCGGAUUGUGCAGGCAACACGCUGCACAUUUGAUUCUCCCAUCAUAAUGCAGGACGUCCCUAUACUCUACCUGGAGGGUAUGGAUGACGGCGCUGCCGUCUUGUGUGCUUUAAGGCACUGGGAUGGGACAAGUCUCGAGAUCAAGAACUGCCCAGGAUUCACCGAUGCCGCGUUGAACAUGUUGACGAGCGAAGAUUUGUGUUCGUAA